AUGUCAAGAUCCAGUCCUUUCCGUGUCACUUCCAAAAUCCCAACAACAGGAAGCCUGUGCUUGCCGCUGUUCCAGCUGGUGCUCUCAGAUGUAUCCUGUGAAGAAAAUGAAACGUGUGUAAAUUAUAAUGACCAACAUCCUGAUGCCUGGUAUAUCUGGUUCCUACUGUGGAUUUUCUUGGUGGUUCUCCUCUGUGGAAUAGUGCUUCUCUGUCUCCGGUGCUGGCUGAAAAGGUGCCGAAUUGAUCAUCCCAGACGUACCAUGGCUGUUUUUGCUAUCGGAGACUUGGAUCUCAUCCAUGGUACAGAAAUGGCUGGAAAUCCAUCAGUUAGAAUCAGCCUUCCUACUCCAAACACUGAACUGUGCCCUGCUCUACGUUUUGGUGAUUUAGGUCCUCCACCUCCAUACGAAGAAACUCUGAAAACAAGCUGAUUGUAGCCAGAAUCAAUAGAGGAAUGUAUUAGAAAUAUUGUAAAUACAGACAACUAAUUUUAGGCACAAUUCUUUGGCUUAGCAGAAAUUCUUCGAGACCUAUUAGAGAGCCUGAAUGAGUACAAGCAAACAAGAGUGGAUGGAAGGAAAAAUAUUUGGCCACAGUGAUGCUUGAUAGUGAAUUAGUAAACCCAAUA